CUCCCAUUCGCUUGAUCCACAAAAACAGAAGAAGAAAAAAAUCGCAAGCUAGACAUGGCUAGCAGCAAGAACAAUAUCAUUGGGGCCACUGCAUCACCGAUUGUGGUCGUAGUGGCACUAACACUGCUGUCCACACUUUUGAUGAUGGAGGCAGAUGCACAGCCAUAUGAUGACUCAGCAAUGCCACAUGGCAUGGUUGGGGAUUUGCUUCCACGGGGGAGAGUACCACCCUCAGGGCCUAGCCAUCCACCACCCUUGCUGGUGUCACCACCAGACGGGGUUGGGGAUUUGCUGCCACGAGGAAGAGUACCACCCUCAGGGCCUAGCCAUCCACCACCCUUGGUGGCGUCACCACCAGACGGGGUCGGGGAUUUGCUACCACGAGGAAGAGUACCACCCUCCGGGCCAAGCCAUCCACCGCCCUUGGUGGCGACGCCACCUGACGUGGUUGGCCAUUUGCUGCCACGACAAAGAGUUCCACCCUCUGGGCCUAGCCAUCCACCGCCCUUGGUUGCCACGCCACCUAACAGGGUUGGGGAUUUGCUGCCACGAGGAAGAGUACCACCCUCUGGACCUAGCCAUCCGCCGCCCUUAGUGGCGACGCCACCUAACGGGGUUGGGGAUUUGCUGCCACGAGGAAGAGUACCACCCUCUGGGCCUAGCCAUCCACCACCCUUGGUUGCGACGCCACCUGGCAGGGUUGGGGAUUUGCUUCCACGAAGAAGAGUACCACCCUCCGGGCCUAGCCAUCCGCCUCCGUUGGUGGAAAUGUGAAACUUGUUGGUAACUGAGGGAUGAAUACACAAGGAUGAUGUGGUGUAACUUAUAAGCAAUAACUAAAUAAUAAGAGUGGCUGGGUUGUUUAUUUUUCUUGAGUU